AUGAUUCCUGGCAUUAUCAUUAACAGAUGGCAGGAUAAAAAGCAAAACACGGAUAUCAACCUAGAUUUAGUCUUAGAGAUAAUAGAUUUUUGUCUGAAUGGAAGCUACUUUUCAUACAAAGGAAAGUUUUUCCGGCAGAUCCACGGAACAGCCAUGGGAAAUUCGCUCUCACCAACAAAAGCGGACUUAGUGAUGGAAUCGCUUCUGGAAAACGUCGCUAGAAAAAUUGACUUCCCAGCACCAGUUUUAAAAAAGUACGUCGAUGACUUGAUUCUUGCUCUUCCCCCGGACCGAGUCACAGACGUUUUGAACAUUUUUAACAGUUUCAACAACAAUAUUCAAUUCACGAUCGAAUUGGAGAAAGAUAGAAAAAUACCAUUCCUUGACAUGGUACUAAUACGGCAAACUGACCAAACCAUCCGUACUGAGUGGUAUAGCAAACCGAUGGCAUCUGGUCGCCUCCUAGACUUUCAUUCAUGCCACCCACUUCAUCUAAAAAUGAAUACCAUCGCAAACUUUAUCCAAAGAGUCCGACAGUUCACCACAAACAGUCCGAAGGAAGCAGCUAACAUAACCAUAAAUGAACUGUUGAGGCGGAACCACUACCCAGCGGCGCUACGACAUCGGCUGUUGAAUGGCAACAUCCGAAACACCGAACGAAACACGAGAAAUUCGUCCGACGAUGGAGGCACGGUUGUGUACAAACCGAUGCUGUUUGUGAAUGACCUGACACAACGGCUGAGUAAGGCAUUAAAAGCGGCCUCCCCCAACAUAACACUAGCGUCAAGAUACGGGAACACCGCCAGCAGAAUUUUCACCAACAUGAAAGACACUAUACCUCCAGAGAUGCGACAUAACGUGAUCUACAGGAUUCCCUGCAACGAUUGCGAAGCCAGCUAUGUCGGGUUAACCACAACCCAACUGAAAAAACGCAUAAGCAGCCACCGAUCAACAAUCAAUGAAAUAGAAAGACUCCGCGGCAAAAACGAUGACGAUCCCAGCACACAAUUCGAUCUCGAACGAUUUAAAGAGAAGACGGCACUUCUUCACCACAGCAUCGAAGCAAAUCAUAACUUCAACCUAGAAAAAAACAAAAAUUAUCGAUCAGCACACACGAAAAUUAGCUCUCCCGAUUUUAUAAGUGUCAUAUUGUUAACACCAAACAUGCAGUCAACAAACGGUCCGAUGUUGACAAUCUCAGCUCCAUGUAUGCAGGCGUACUACACACACAUAACAAACAGAUCCCAACACAGAACACGCACACACCAGCAAACGAAACCCAAUAGCAAACUGUAA